AUGCGGUUGAGCUUGAACAGUUCUAGUUCUGGAGGUUCAGUCCCAAGCUCGGCUUUUUUGGGCAGCAGUUUUAAGAAGGUGAACUCUAGAUUCAGUAACCAGAAGGCUGAGUCUAAAGUGUUGAAGAUUGUGGCUGAAAUUAACGAUGAAAAGCAGACAGACAAAGACAGAUGGGGAGGCCUUGCCUAUGACGUUUUGGAUGACCAGCAAGACAUCACUAGAGGAAAGGGAAUGGUUGAUUCUCUCUACCAAGCUCCCAUGUGCGGUGGAGCACACGAUGCUAUUUUGAGUUCAUAUGAAUACAUCAGCACGGGACUUCGCCAAUACAACUUGGAUAACAACAUGGACGGAUUCUACAUUGCUCCUGCUUUCAUGGACAAACUCGUAGUCCACAUUAGCAAAAAUUUCUUGACUCUUCCUAACAUCAAGGUGAAUUCUCGGAAUUUGGGGAGGCAAAGGUUAAGGGAAAUCAUUUCAGUCCCAAUUAUGAUGAGUGCUGGGGAACUGGAAAGUGGGAAUGCAGGAGAGCCUGCCAAAUUGAUCAGGCAAAGAUACUGUGAAGCAGCUGACAUAAUCAAGAAAGGAAAAAUGUGCUGCCUCUUCUUCAAUGAUUUAGAUGCAGGAGCGGGAAGGCUUGGUGGAACCACCCAGUACACUGUCAAUAACCAGAUGGUGAAUGCCACCCUUAUGAAGAUUGCAGAUAAUCCCACCAAUGUCCAGCUCCCUGGUAUGUACAACAAGGAAGAAAAUCCCCAUGUGCCAGUCAUAGUCACCGGUAAUGACUUCUCCACCUUAGAGGAUCGGAUUGGUGUUUGCAUUGGAAUCUUCAGGAGUGACAAUGUUCCAGAGGAGGAUGUUGUCAAGAUUGUUGGCACUUUCCCUGGCCAAUCCAUUGACUUCUUUGGUGCCCUCAGAGCUCGAGUUUACAAUGAUGAGGUGAGGAAGUGGAUAUCUGGUGCUGGAGUUGAGAACAUUGGGAAGAAGCUUAUGAACUCAAAAGAGGGUCCCCCGCCGGCUUUUGAGCAGCCCAAAAUGACACUCGAGAAGCUUCUUGAGAACAGGAGAAUGUCAAGAGAGUUCAAUUGGCAGACAAGUACUUUAAGUGAGGCAGCUCUUGGAGAAUCAAAUGAGGAUGCUAUUAACAGAGGAACUUUCUAUGGUAAGGCAGCUCAACAAGUUCAUGUUCCUGUCCCUGAAGGUGGCACAGACCCAUCUGCAUCAAACUAUGACCAACAGCUAAAAGUGAUAUUGGGAGCUGCCAGUAUUAAACCUAGAUCAACUUUAUUUCUCUUAGUAGGGGAAAAAGUUUUUAUUUUUUUAUUUGUAUUUUUUGAAAUGCCUUCUAAGAGGCAUUGCCACUUUUCUUUUUAUGUCCACUACCUCUAA